AAGGGAAAUUGCACUGCAUUCCAGUGCUCGUAGAAGAAAUAAACUCGCUGCUGCAAUAUCUUCUGUCCUAUUGGGACGUGGACACUAAGCAAGGGGUCAUGUGAUCAGCUCAGCCCUAGUUCAAUGCUACAACAAAAAGUGCUGCUGCUUCAAAGCCUGCGAACGCAUUAAGAAUCUAAUUACCAUCAUACGUUCCAUGAGAAUGGAUAUACCUUCGCUUCUGAGCGUGCUCGAUGAUACUGAGCCAGCUGAUAAAUCCACUCGCGUGAAUCAGAUACCUUUGAUCGGCAAGUCCUACCACCUUAAUACGAGUUCCAGGGCACUUGCAGCGCCAACAAUUCUGACAGGAGACGCUUCAAUCUCCGGGGCAUGGAUGAACUCAAGGUUGCAGGAGCGAAUAUCAUUCUGGAGUUCAAUACAUGGGAAACGUAACCCUGUUUGUGACUCGAUCGCUUAUGGGCCUUUGGGAGCGUACCAGGCGCGGAACUUGCUUCAGUCGAGUUUUCACAGUGGCACUGGUCUAUUCCUGCUGGAACCGGAGUUGGACACUAUUAUUCAGAUUGGUGAUGGUUUGAUUCAACGAGACCUGCACCGUCGGGCGGGAUUCAUUUUCCAGCGAUGGUCGGGCAGCUGUUCCGCCCAGCAUAUUUUAGGCUUUCCGAGCCUCGAGUUCGAGACCUGGCAAGAUGCCUGCUCUACGUUCUUCAUCUACCUGCAAUCGCUCCGAGAUGAAAGCUCACUACUGGCCCAGUUUCGCCGCCGGAUCGCACAAGUAUGGUUUUGGCUGUUCUUCGACAUCCUUUGUGAGCAGUCGAUGCAGAAGAAUGAUUUGAAAGGUUCUGUUGUGGACGGCAGUAGAGAUGUCUUGGAAGACGUCCAGCAUCAGCUUCUGGCCUUGAUAUAUCCCGGAUAUACGUGUGCUCCAUGGGGCGAGAUUUGCAAAAAGGCCCUUCGUGAUCACCUUCGGCGUGGAUUCAGAUGGUGGAAGCUAGCAUGCAGUGUCGGCGACGGAGCUCUCCUUAUUGCGAGCGAUGGAGUAGCCCUGGUUGUGAACUCUUCGCUAUAUUCCGAAUCCUUCCUCGAUGCCGUGAUUAACUAUAUCCGAAAUGCCUACCCGAAAACGCUUGACCUCUUUCAUCUUUGCUCCCCGAUUGUGAAACGGCUUAUGCAAGGAAGCAGACCGCAUCCAGCAGAUACGAUGAAGGUAGAGCAGUGUAUUGGGCUUCUGGCAAGUGGGGACCAUCUCACCAGAUCGUAUUGUUUACCAUGGACUUGGAGAAACCCAGGCCCAGUCGCAAUGGCUAGUUCUGCCACCUUUGUCAUGGAUUGUGAGUAUAAAGGUAUUAUCUCGAUUACACAUAUGUUUGAUUAAGGGAGCUUAUACGGCACCAAUAACAACGGACAUUGAUUUAGUCCCCAUAAGUUAUGUAUAAGAUGCCUCCUAUCCUACAGGUCACUAUCUUAGCCGGUCGUUUACUCUAAUAUCAAACAUUGAAGUCC